UCACUUUCUAAUCCACAUCCAUGGACUAGCUUUGGCUCAAUGAUUCAUUUCUUUGUGGAUCCGUUCUUGGGACAUCUGUUGAUGAAUAAUAGUGUUUUGUGGGCGACAUACAACUUAGUUUAUUUCCAAAUAAAACAAAAUAUUCUGGAACGAGCUUUUUGACAUUUUGAAUAAGGAUAAGGUAACUAAUGGAGAAAUCAAGUAUAAAAUUCUCAAGCCACGCUUCAUUAAUCAUGAUUUUUCCAAUCCAGAUAAAGCAUUUUGUAUGAAUUUCUUGAGUGGAAACUGCAACAUAUAGUGAAGCAUUUACUUCUAGAACUUUCUGUUUUCUGGGAAACCUAGUAGAACACUGUAGUAUGCUUUUUAGUUCUUUGAUCUCCUUGUCUCCAGUAUAUUUUCCUUCUGUACUCUGGUGAAAGCUUAUGCACCAUGGAACUAUUGACAGUAGAAUUUGAUCAUAAAAGAGAUUGGCUUUUCACGUUUGAAUAGUUGUAAUAGAUGUGGCAUAUGCUUCUUGCAUCUCAUCAGUCCAGAUGGCUUGAUAGGAAUCCCUAAAGAUGCAUGCUUUAUGAUUCUUUGGUUUAAACAAUAGUUAUGAGAAUCUGCAUUCCAUUCAGUUUUUUUUUGCCUGUCAAACAUGCCAUGUAAAUGCUUGGUUCUGCUUGUGUUUGCUAUGUCAGAUAUUCACACUCUCAGCUGUACCAGUCCAACAGAUGCCGACAUCCAUCAGAAAUUGCUUUUCAGUUUUAAAGCCUGGUGGUCUGGUCUUAUUCAGGGAUUAUGGCCUUUAUGAUAUGACUAUGCUUCGAUUUAAGCCCGACCAAAGACUAGGGUUCAGAGAAUAUAUGCGCUCUGAUGGUACUCGAUCUUAUUUCUUUAGUCUGGAUACUGUAAGGAGUCUCUUUGUUGGUGCAGGCUUCACUGAGGUUGAGCUUGAAUACUGUUGUGUGAAGUCUUUGAAUCGCCGAAAUGGUAAGAACAUGGAAAGGGUAUGGGUUCAUGGGAAGUUCCGAAAACCCAUUUGAAGUACUACUGUCAAUUUGCCAUUGAAGUACUGUUGAGGAAGAUUUAUGUGAUUCUCGGUUUCUUACCGGAGAUUUUUCUCGACAAGCUCGUAUUUUACUGUUACAAUAUUAAGAUGCGGCUUGCCUAACAAAGUCAAGCUUCCAAUUAUCAGAAUGAAUUAGAGAUUCUUGGUGACUGUUCCUUUCAACAUCUUCUUUCUGUAUAUUUCCUCCAGUGAGAUCGAGCUGCACCAGAAAAUAAGUUUCGAGUUUUGCCAGAAGCUAAUGGACACUCAUUUGAUGAUUUGUUCUUGCUGUGAUCUUUUAAAUUAUUCCUUGAACAUGACAUUGUUUAUCUGGCUGCAUAAUCAGAGUAUUCAUUUCAUUUUCCUUCAUCAUGAAGCUCGUGAUGAUAUGUAUUUAGAUAUAGAUGAUUGUUCAAAGAUGUAUAUAUGAUCAAUAUGAACAGGACA